AUUCUUUUACUAGACAGUUUCUUUUUUCUUCCUAGUGGUUACUGUGCAUCCAAGUUCAGCCCAUGUUUUUGGUGGUCAAGGUUCUGUAGUUGGUUUAUGACUCGACUGGAACGUUUCUUUGGUUGGUUUGGCGAGGGAAUCGCAAAGCACCCGCUAAUUAUCAUCUCAACAUGUCUCGUAUUUGUAAGUGUAUGUUCAGUAGGUUUUGUCUGGUUCAAAGCAAAAAACAGAGGAGUAGAUCUAUAUAUUCCUCAAGGUAGCCGUUCUAUGGAGGAUCUAGACAGGGCCGAGAAAUACUUCCGAUUAAAAGCUCGAGAGGAAAUCGUCCUUUUAACGGCGUCUCCUGGUCAUCUGAAUGUCCUAGCUCCUGAUUGUCUGAGGGAGGCUUUCAAGGCACAUCGUGCAGUUAUGGAGUUAGAAUCAUACUCUCAAUUCUGUGUCACGCUGUCAGGAGACAAAGCAAAGACACAGGACGACUGCAUGAUAAUUAACCCGCUGGAAUUUUUACAGUUUAAUGAGAGCAACCUCGAUAACAAAACCCUGGAUGAGAUUCUAGGGAAAAUAACAAAAGCCUAUGACAGCUCAAGCCCUUUGACGCGAAAUGGCCGGACCUUCUCUUACAACUUCAAACGCACUUUUGGUGGCACCACGCCACCGGACAGAACCAUCAAAAAAGCCACAGCACUGCAAAUGGUGUAUCUAAUGAAUGACUUUAGCGACCAGAAAGAAAUUGAUAAAGUUCUGGAGUGGGAGAAGAAGUUCAUCGACAAACUGGAGUUGUUAGACGGUACUUUUACCUGUUUUAAAGUCCAUUACUCAAGCGAGAGAAGCCAGGACGAUGCUAUUGCUGAAAGCAGUGGCUCUGACAUCACUCUGGUGUCAAUCACUUUUACGCUAAUGAUCACAUUUGCUUGCGUCAUGCUUGGCAAGUUCCUGAAUCCGCUGACCGGUCACUCGUUGCUCGCUAACGCAGGAGUGUUUGCUGUGGCCCUUGGAAUACUAUCCGGGUUUGGCCUUGCUAUGUGGUGUCGUGUUCCUUUCGUCAGUUUCAUGGGCGUGUUGCCGUUUUUGGUUCUUGGGAUUGGAAUCGAUGACAUGUUCAUUUUAGUAGAUGAACUUGAUCGACAGCCACGGGACAUGUCAGUAACAGAAAAGAUUAAGGCUGUGAUGUCGCAUUCAGGAGCCACUGUUACCAUGACAACUAUGACUGAUCUUGUGGCAUUCGCUGUUAGUACGUCCUCCUCGUUUCCAGCGAUAAGGUAAGGGCCAUAACUUUAAACCUAUAUACGGAACUAAUUUAAUGCAAUCAAUCCCCCUUAAUAUGAACACUGAGGGGAGCAUAGAAAUUGCCCGCAUUGAAGGGUUGUCCGCAUUAAGCGGGUUGAAUUAGGAGAAAAUGUGAGGGCUUUCUUUCCCCAGAGACAAAGCAAACUGUUCGUAAUAAUGAGGUUUUCGUAUUAAGCGGGUUGAAUUUAGAGAAAAUGUAAGGGCUUUCUUUCCCCAGGGAUAAAGCAAACUGUCCGAAAAAAUGAGGUGUCCGUAUUAAGCGGGUUGAAUUAGGAGAAAAUGUGAGGGCUUUCUUUCCCUAGGGACAAAGCAAACUGUCCGUAAUAAUGAGGUGUUCGUAUUAAGCGGGGUUCGACUGUAGCUGCAACUAUAUAAAGACAGAGAUUGGCUCGUAAUGAAGAAAAUAAAGACAGUGAUUACUAUGAAAUUUUUAGAGACAGGUGAAGUAUGUUUGGAAAAUGUAAAUAUCAUUUAUUUUCAAUAUAAAAACACUUCUAUUCAGCUCUGUUUCAAUAAUGCUUGUUCAUCCCCAUUAUAUUUUUGUAUAUUUUAACAACCAACGUUCAGAUCAGCUUGUCAUGCAUUCUUAAGUACGGCGAAAAAAAUUGCUUGGCACAACUGACUUACAUAUCUUCCAUUUUUGUUAAAGAGCACGCUAACUGUGUGUAUGUUUUGUCAGGUAUUUCUGUAUCUAUGCGGCUCUAACAGUGACAUUCUCCUACCUAAUGAGCAUCACCUAUUUCGUGGCCAUCAUGACAUACGACGUAAAGAGAAUAAAAUCAGGUCGUCGAGACUGCUUACCAUUCUGCCGAGCACCUCAGCCAAAGGAGGGCGCGCCAGCCUGGGACGAGCCGAUCCCACAGUUAUCAAAUCGCGCUAUGGAGACCUGGGGCAGGUUUUUGACCCAUCCGGCCACCAAAGUAGUCGUUAUAAUUCUGUCACUAGGGUUACUUGGUGCCGGAAUAUACGGCGUUACAAAAGUAGAGGAAAAAUUCGACAGAAGGAUCCUGGCGAAGGAUGAUUCUUACCUGAAAAGAUUUCUGACUGCUCAAGAAAAACAUUUUGAACAUGCAAUCGAAGUCAGCAUUGUAGAAACUGGAAAAGUAAGCUAUGAGAAAUGUUCCACCCAGCAAGCUAUCAGAAACCUAACGAAUAUCGUCGAAAGCAACGAACAUUAUUUAGCUGGUUCUUUGUCGUGGAUGGAUCACUUUUCAUUAUUUGCUAACAGGACUGGCAUUAGCACUACCGGUUCAGCAUUUGUGCCUGCUUUGAAAGUCUUCCUCAAUCAAACAGAAUUUUCAUUCUUCGCUCAAGAUCUGAAGUUUUCUGAUAAUGGCUCUGCGCUAGAAGCUUCGCGCAUUAUUUGCUUUAUGAAAGGUAACGAUGAAUCUACAUUCCAGAAAAAUGCUAUGCAAACACUUCGCGAAGAUCUGGAAGCAAAGUCCAAACUCAGCGCCUUCCCCAUUACACGUUUGUUUAUUUUCUUCGAACAGUAUGUUAUUACAUCACAUGAAACUAUACGGAACCUCAUAAUCGCUGCCAUUACAGUCUUUGUCAUCACCAGUCCCUUCUUGGUAGACUGCGCAGUUGCAAUCCUCGUGUUGUUCAACUUUGCCGCCCUGAUAUGCGAACUGUUUGGUUUAAUGGUUAUUUGGAAUGUGACGCUCAACGCUGUGUCUAUGAUAAAUCUUGUCAUGGCUAUUGGUUUUGCAGUUGAUUACAGCGCACACAUUGCGCAUGCUUACGUUGUGUCCAACAAGUUAUCAGCAAACGAGCGAGUGGUAGAUGCUCUGAGUACUGUGGGAGCGAGUGUACUCAUGGGAGGUAAGUCAACCUCAUUAAUCUUACGAAAAAAAAAUCACAUUUUGAGAUCUUAUCUCAACCAAGAUGAUUAGCAGCACCACAAACAAAAUAGUGGUACAACCAGGUUUACAGUGGAAAAUGCUUGGAUCUAUAUUUUGGCGGGUUAUUAUUCAUUUAAAUAUUGUACGACGAACUAAGGUAAUGUAAUGAUGCAAUAGAACCUGUGAACAGGCGAAAAAACCGGAAACAUCUUUUCACUCCCCUAAGGGCUUUGUGGGGAUCUUUUUACAUCACCGUUUGGCAGACAUUUGCAAAAAAUUCUUGUGACGCAAUUUGAAAGUAAUGAACAGUGAGAAUUAAUAAGUUAUGAAUGCCCCUAACAUGAGUGUGAAUUUGAGACAGACCACCACUGUGUGGGUAAUUUACGUUCCACAGAUCUUAUUACAUGUGCAAGGGUUGUGAGAAGAGGCUUUUCGAAUAUCGUCCUUAUCCGAGAAGACUAUAACGUUUAGCCAUUUGCAGAUUUUUUUACGAAGGCAGUACUGUAUAUUAAGUCUCUCAGUGUUAGUUCUCAGCGGCCUUCCAACUCACUUACUAAGCAAUAAUAUCUUUCUCACGCAAAUUGCCUAUAAAUGGAUCAAAUGCACAUGAGUGACAGCAAUAAAUGGUCCCUCUCCCGUGCUCUAACUGCAGAGUUAUCUUAUUUUUUUGUUUCUUUCAGGUUUCAGUACUUUCCUGGGAAUGAUCGUCUUAGCAUUUGCUGCAUCCGAAAUAUUCCGAAUCUUUUUCCGAAUGUUCCUUGGAAUCGUCGGGUUUGGUCUUAUUCACGGUCUGUGCAUUAUGCCUGUUUAUAUGUCCUUGCUGUGUUGCAAGCCUGAAAUUACCACAUCUACCUUAGUCAGAGUUAGAGUAGAAAGACAGAGCAGCAUAAACAAGAGAGAUGAAAGCAGCAACGAUUUAAAGCUGGCAGACACCGGAAAUAAAUACCCGGAUCUAGGAGCUGAUAACCCUUCUUUGCAGUGGGCUGAAGAAGAAAACCCCGACGAAGACGCUGUUAAUGAUAACGAGCAACAGGAAGAUGAUGGGAUAGAUUACGACCAAUAUAUAGUAAACGUUUUCAAAGAAAUUCAUAACGAAGGCUUGGAGACUGGCGACGAAAAGCCAGAUGUCUCGACAGGACUAACAGGAGAAGAAAAUAAGCAAAGUCGGAGCAUCCAGAAGCCUGAUGGUGAGAAAAACGCCGGAAUUCAUAACGAAGGCUUAGAGACUGACGACGAAAAGCCAGAAGUCUCGACAGGACUAACAGGAGAAGAAUAUAAGCAAAGUAUGAGCAGCGAGAAGCCUGAUGGUGAGAAAAACGCCGGAAUUCAUAACGAAGGCUUAGAGACUGGCGACGAAAAGCCAGAGGUCUCGACAGGACUAACAGGAGAAGAAAGUAAGCAAAGCCUGAGCAGCGAGAAGCCUGAUGGUGAGAAAAAAGUCGGAACUGUCGAGACUACACAGUCUUCAGAAAGAAGCGACACCUUAGCUGAUGUAACAAAAUUAUAA